AGAGAGGGAAUGAAGGGAAAUAGUAAUGACGAGCGUAGAGGGAAGAAGUACCUGGAGGAAUAACACGGAGGUUUUCACUGAGCGCCUUCUGGCUGGAUGAAUCGUGCGGUUCUAGUUUCACUUUUACGCGUCUCGGUUAAUAUUUGUUCUGCAGUCAGUGGCAUUUUAAAAACGGCAGAAAAGCGACUGAACUCCGAGAGCAGCUGCUGAUCUCUGCCGCUGAUCACCGUCUGGACCCAGUGACAGGUUAGUGACAACACAGAGUGUGUUUUAGGAUCGAACUUUUCCGUGCGUAAAGCUUGGGCGAAUCAACAGGUUUGAAGGUGACUUUCUUUGCUUCUUCUAAACUUUGCGCAGUGCUUUGCGGCUGCAUUAGUCUGUGCAUUACUAAAUUUGGUUAAUUAUUAAAGCCUGAAAUGUUACCAACCAAGCCCUUUUUUAGUAUUUAAAUGUAAAAAGGUUUCAAGGGUUUGUGCACAACAUCUAGGAUGUGAUUGAGGACAGGUGUGCUGAAUACCCCGAGUCAAAUCAAGUGGAAAAAAGUCAAAAUUCAAACUAAAGGCUUCAAAACACUACAGAUAUAUUUAGAGAUGAAUACAUUUUAUCUACUUAAAAGUGUAAGAAACUAUGCUUAGUAUCAUUUGUCAUUAAAACAACCCAUAAAUAUUUAAAAUGAACCACUGAAGACGGAAAUAUGCUUCAAAAUACAUGAACAAAGUCCACUCUAAAGUUUGUCUGGAACUUUUUACCCGUAUGCCACCGCUAUCCUUUUCAGCCGUAAUAGUUUUUCAUCAUUCAACAGAGUUAAAAAUGUGGCUUGGCUGGCCACCCUUUCUUCCAAAGUGCAUUCACAUCUUAUCUGAAUGUCUAAGAUUAAAAAAAGGUAAGAAAAGAGCCCCUUGGCAGAGUCCAGGCACCACCCGUGCACCUUGGAAAAGACUUUCUUUGAAAAACCAGCGUGAACUGACAGCGUGAAAUAAAAAGAUUAGUGUAAGUCUGAGCUGAGGGCUGAUUUUUGCAGAUUUACUUUGCCUGAUUUUGAUGUUUUCAGUCGCAGGAUUUUACUUUUAAAUAACUGGAAUAACAGCAGGAGCAACAAACCGUGUAGAUACAAUUAUGAGAAAACCAGACGCAUAUACUAUUAUAUUAGAGUAAUUUUCUGCAAGAGGCGUCCUUAUAAAUGGAGCGAGUUUGUUAAAUAAAUGUCAAAAUGCAUCAAAUUUCUGUCACAUGUAAUAUCUAGUUGGCUCUGAAAGGUCAGUCAGUGCAGCUUUAAUAGGGACGACUCUUUUCAUGCAUGAUUCACUGCCUCUGCACAGAUGCUCUGCAGGCAGUUAGUGCACUAAAUUAUAUCAUUCUCUGGAGCUAAAAGGCAUCCAAGAGUUUGUACACCACCAAACAGCAGGUAUAAAUCAUGCUGGCGAGGUCAGUUAUUUCAGAUUUACUCUCAAAAAUCAAUUUUUUGUUCCCAUUAAACUUGUGCACGUGUCUCUAGAAAAAUGACUACCAUGCCUUUUAAGUAGAAGUGUCUUCAGAUGUUAGUCCUCUGUAGAUUAUCACAACAUAAGUGUGUUUUUUUUUUGUUCAGUCUCUAAUCAUUCGACGCCGCCAGUGAUAAUUUUAUCACACCAACAAACUCGACCCUAUCUGCUCCGGAGUGGAAACCAGCGAGGAUGUGCACGGCUCAGCCUCCUCUUCACGGCCUUGAAACGACUCAUGGUGUAAUAAUAAUCCUACCGUUAUUGUAAAUACCAGAUUCCUUUUCCACCCGGGAAUAACUGCGGCGUGUGGGAGUCGAAAAUGCGUACGUGAGUGUGUGGAAGGGAGGGCGGAGGGAAGUCCUGUCGUUACCAGAAAUAAAAAAAUCGGAAUUCAAGAACAUCCUCUCUGGUUUCACCCACGUCGAGAGGAAUUCCAGCGGCCGGCGCCGAAAAACCCUUCAAGGUCACUCUGCUCGGUAAUUCACUAUACAUCCCUCCCCCGUCUUUCACUCCAUCCUCAGGUCACCAAUCGCUCAAGAUACCCGAAUACAGGGCGUAAUUCAACCAAGCCUACGGAGAGGAGAGCACAUCUCCUCUCAGCAGAGCAGGCGUCAGUGAUAGUACAUGAUCGCACACACGAGGAUCCUGGGUGGGCUGAAACUGUUGAAAUAGAGCACCAAUUUUUGACAUUUGCCAGUUGGAUGUGUUAAAGGUCUGAUCUGUCAGCUUAUAUCAGCUGUCAUUUAGAUCAGCUUAUGUUUUGAGGAGGGUGGAGUUGACUUUGUGGCCUGUCUGGACCAACACCUCCCCUGAUUUGAUAUAAAGUUUUGAUUUAUAUGUUGGGCUUGUCCCAAGACCACAGACGCAGAUAUUUUUUCCACAGAGUCAACAGGCAGAGAAUUCCACCUACACUCUUUAACGUGUGUGAUCAGGUCGUCUCUUCUGUCACUUUUACUGUUGAGAAGUUGAUCUCCUAAAACUUACCUCUGCUGCAGGAGAAAGACAAAGAACAUAAAGGAGAGUAGAUUAACAAAAUGGUGCCCCUCUGCUUUUCUAAGUGCAAAAAUCUGACUGGUGUACACUUUAGGAUUACUGAUUACUGCUGUUGUGGUUGAGUCUGAAAAUUGAAAGCUGAUGGGAGACUUUCUCCAGAAGUCCUCAGGGAUGCAAAUGUCUUCUAAAGUAGCUAAAGUGGAUGUAAACGACUCGCCUGUAUUAUGAAAUGUUCUAAAUUAAACUGUUAGGCGCUCCUAAAUACGUUUCCUCACCAAUGAUGGUGUAUUUAGUGUUUGUUUUAGACUGAAGACGUCUCCCCUGAGUUUUGUCUUCUUGGCAUGAAUUGAAAGAGAUUUAUGAAUUACUAAGGACAUUCUUUGCACAAUAGAACCCCCUUUAAAGAUUUUCUCUACCUCCUGUUGCUGAUUAUUGAUAUUCAAGAACGUAAAAAUCUACCUGGCUUUCAGUAAUGAAGGAGCUCAGGAUAAUGUCUCCUGCUGUGACACUUCAAUGCUCUACUACCUGGAUGUCAACAAGCACAGAUGAGCUCUCGUAGCUUGGUAGGGUUUGGUAGUAUUGGAGAAAAUGGAGAUUAUAUUAAUGCAUGUGGACCUGAACUUGGGAGGCUGGUGGUGCUAGCUCUGCUGACUUUAGCCAUACUCAGUAAAAGUACUUUGACAGGGUUUACUUUAAGACUCUAAAGGAAUAUUCAUGUUUGGAAACUAGUUGCAUCGAUCUAACUUUGAUAAAGAUCUGAUGUUUCAACUUUUAAUUUGACUUUACCUGAAGUGAAAUGCUCAAAAGAGGAUUAAAACGACCUGCCGAGGAUGACUUUUUUUCUUGGUGCAGUUGCAGUGAUGGACAUGUCAGGCAGGUAGCGGCUGCAGCAGCUCUGACAGGUAAAAUAACUCCAAAUCCCGACAUCAUAAUCGGCCUGUCCGUUCUGCUGAAGCGUCUCACUUUUUCCAGCCAGAAGCAGCUCCCUCCAGCUCCUCCCGCUCCCAUGUAAUCUGCCCACUUCUUCAAUUCAGCCCAGCUCCUCUCCUCCAGCAGCUCCUUGUCGUCUUUGUGAGGCUGAGAGAAUAGGGGAAUAGAGUCCAGCUAAUGGUUUUGCUGGGGGUCUUUGUGUUUUGGUAUGUGCUGCUGGCUGGGAGCCUUGUCCUGAGAGGAGGAGGGCUCCACGCUUCUUUAUACACAUGAAAUAAACAGGUUUUUGAUACAUUGGCCCGCGAACCGUGCUCAGCGAAGAAACAUGUUGUACCUUCAUUCAUGCUCGGCUCUUGUUUCACGGAUCUCUCAGGAUAUUUCUCGUGUCAGACACAUGUUUUGUUGAAGCCGUGUGUGCCCCCCACUCCCUGGAACUGCAUCUUCUAUCCUCCAAAGGUGGCAGAUCUGAGCUGCAUUUCUGCUCUUCAUUUUCCUCUCCAGAACAAGUUUGUUUCUGAGAGAGUCCAUUGUUAUGUGGAAGAAAAAAGAAAAAAAACAUCUAUUUUCCAGGGUGAAAAGGGUCUUGGAUGGACUUCCUCUUUGACUGGACUCUGCAGGGUGUUCCAGGGUUUUUUUCUCAUUCAUAAAUCACAAUACAAGUUCAUAGCAGCAGAUUUGGAUAAGACGUUGGAAUACAUGUGUGUGAACGAGAUCUGAGUGAUACAGAGGUGGGCAGGGCAUGUGUAGCCUCAUGGUUUGAAAGGGUGGUAGAUAAUUGGUGUGCCAUUCCCAGCAAAAAAAAAAAAGCCCAUUUUCUUGUGAAACUGAUUUCUUCCUGUAUCUGAUGUGAAUCAAUUUUCAAUCAGUAAGUAGGAAAUCACUCUCUGACACCCUAACUAGAAACACGGUUAAUUUUAAUCUGGAUUAAAUGAGAAGAGUCUUGAUCAGGGACUUGCAAUCUUGAAAAUUUAGCCAUUGAAAUUGAACCAUAACUUAUUUUAUACUAGGGCUGGGCGAUAAACCGAAAAUUUACCAAUAACGAAAUUUACAACAAUAACCGAUGUCAUUUUGCCCAUAUUGAUAUAUUCUGUGUCAAAUAUAUAAAUAAUAGUUGGUUUUGGAUGUGUGAAGGUAGACUAUGGUGUCAUGUCCCUUUUGAGAUGCUGUCUUAAUGUGACUCCACCCCAUCCAGUCCGUAACAAAGAGGGAAAGACAGGUGAGGAGAUGGAGGACGGUGGCUGAAGUAGACGAAGUUAAUGUGGGAGGGGGUGAGCAGCUUGUGGAGUAGUUAUCGUCCAUUUAUCGUUAUCAAGGUGAACUGCCCAAUAUAUCGUGAUGCUGAUUUGAGGCCAUAUCGCCCAGCCCUAUUCGGGACCAUGUUAGGCUCGUUUUUUCCUACGUUGCAGAUGAAGUGCACCCUUUCUUCCUUCAUAGCAGAACCUGUACUCUUCCCCGAAUUUGGGUUAGGGGUUUGGUACUCAGAUCUUUUUGUGACAAAGUUUGGGGCGCAAGAAAGCUGGAAAGAGGCAGGUAGAGGAGCAGGAGGAUUGUGUAGGUAUGUGUCUGAAAAGCCAAGGGACAGAAUGAUCAAGUUUUAGAGAGAGGUGUCACCACGCUCAAGAGUGACAUUGGUCUGUGUCGUGAAAACGAUUUAAGCCAGGUCUAGAUGUGAUAACUCGGUCUUUCAAACCACAUCUAAAAAACAGUGUGAAAAUACCCUACUACCUUUUAAUUUAUUGAACGUUUGCAUCAAAAUUAAGUCAAAAGUCUUAAAUAGAAGUGAAGAGCUGAUGAAUCACCUGAGUAGACAGUCAGGUAUGUUUUAGUAAACAAAUAGUAAAACCGUUGGUGGCAGGUCCCCUUUAAUAUAUUUUUCAAUAAUUUAAAGUUUUAAAAGAGGUUUUAAGUUCCCUCAAUACAUUUCAGGAGUCACCAUGUUUAAUAAUUAUGAUCUCAAUAUCAAUAUCAAUGUCUACAGAGGCGGUAUGUUUGUAUUUUUGUACCUGCUGCAAUUUAAGUUGGUAAAAUAUGGUCAAUUAUGUCAGAAUUGACGUUGAUAUGGACUCUCAUGUUGUUUCCAUGCUUUUGCAGCCAGCCUCUAACCUGCAUCAGCUUCAUUUUUAACACUAGAAGUUUCUCUUUAGUUGUACCAAAAAGUUGAUGAUUAGAUUUUCCUAAAAUAGAAAAAAUAGCAACUUUAAGAAAAGAAAGGGUUUAGUUCUGAAACCUGUUGGUUCACAGCCCGGAUCAGUGGCUCCGUGAAUGAAUCAGUGAAAUAAAAGAGUUCCACUGAGGCACCUUUGACCCUUUGUUGCCUGCCUGGUGGUUUACCAUGGAAGGCUGCCACGAGCGCCAGUCCGUCCAAAGCUCAAACUUCAACACAGACGUUCAGUCAAAACAGAUGUUUACAUAGUCGAUGGGUAACAGCCGAACUGUUGAGCCACACAGCCUGAAGAACUGAGUGAGUUACCUCAACUAUUUUAUCUUUUGGAUUUGGAUUUUGAAGACGUUGAUGGGCUAACAGCUUUUAAAAAACCGAAACAAGUUGACCUCAGUGAGUGUUUUAUUCAGCAUGUCGAAGAAAGUAUUCAGUUUUCAAAUGUCAUCCAUGUGUUUCGUUUCUCUGAUUGUGCAUCGUUGAGUUCUUUGUACCUGAUUUACGGUCAGGCUGUAUAAGUGGAUCUAUCCCCGCUGCUGUGUUGCUUAUUUUUCAGAUCCUUGAUUGGGUUUAUUUAGCACUCGGAGUUCCUUUCCUCAUGGACACAAUAACAUUUCUAUUGAACGAAACAGUGCAUUCAACAACAGCCGAAUCAUAGAGUGAGAGAAUCUGAAAUAUCCCUCUGUCGGUGUGGUUUGAAUGAGUUUUAUUGUGUUGUUUGAGAGGAAAUUCCCCUCUGGACUUGGCUGUCUUUUAGAGUUGUUAGAUAAUAGUUUAAAUUGUGAUAAAUAAAAGAGAAAAGGAGCGCAUUGGUGUUCCCCUCAGCAUGUUACAGAAGACCUACAAUAACCAGAAUGCAAUGGGCCUGUUGGCUUUUAUAGCUACUCAUUGACUUUUCUGCUCUACCUAAAGAUGCCAGAACUUCAGACCCUUUUCAAAUUCUGACUGUCUCAUUCCAGCAUCUUAUGAAUAAAUUUUGUUCUGUAAUUCAGUGCAUAACUAGAAAAUCUCUUCACUUCAAAGGCUGAUCGGAAUGAAGCAAAUCCUUUCUGGAAAAUUGAGUUUAACCAACUAAAAAGGAGCAUGUAAAUUAAGUCUGCUGUCUUUUAUAAUGCUGCUUUGAUAAUGAUGACCUGCAUUAACCCCAAAUAAAACCAAAGUUAGCAACUUUCAUGGUGGUUAAACAAGGCUUUAAACGUGGAUUGGGCCAACUCCAACGCAACUAAAAUAUGAUAAAAACAAAUUUUGUGACUCAGAUCUACAUCCAAAAUUCCUUUAAUUGCUGAUUUGAUUAAAACUGGAAUUUUGGAAUUCAGAAAAUCUUACAGAAAAUCUAAUCAAACCUUGCAAGCUUUAUAAAGCCUUGAAACUUUGGACAAUAUCUGAAACUUCACCAAAAUUGUUUGAUCUUGCCUUAACCUGUACGUUUUCAAAAUUACGUCUUUAACCUUUAAAACCUUGAUUCUACAAUUAUUUUUCAGAGCGGAUACUAAUAACAGUUAUUUACCAUGUUAAAAAAAAAAAUGUUAGGCGUCCACUAGGCCACUUCUUCGUGCCUUUUUUGUUUGAGUUUACUGACCAAUCAGAAGCCAUGUUCCAAACUUUCCUGCCAGUCAGCUGCUCUCUUACAAAUGUGAGUCAGUGUUAAUGGACCAGAACCAGCGCUUUCAUUGCCCAAGUCAGUCACUCAGGUGGAUGUGUACUGUGCUACUCCAAAAAGCCUUAAAAAUAUCGCAACUUUUAAAAAAGCUACUGUUACACUCAGCCACAACAAUCACAAAGCGGGCUCGCACAAACGUUGAAAAACUAGUUUUGUCGUCAAAUCACCACAAACGUUGAGGGUUAGUUGGAUGGAUUCAGCCUAUUCUAACUUGACAUCUUCAAGGUUUAUACCUGAUUGUAAAACAGUCUGAUGUUCAGGGUUCCCACGCAAGUAUGGAAAUAAAUUUGAUCAAUUUCCAGGUCUUAAAAAGUAUGGAAAUUGUAAAAUAAAGAAUGGAAAAGUAUUGAUGUUUUCAGGCUAUUACCACUGUUCUAAAAUACUGUUUUCUAAAAAAAGAAAAGUAGAUAUUUCCCAAAAAAAAUUUCUAAAAAUUUUGGUAUGGAAAAGUAUGGAAAUUCCAACUGUGUAGGAACCCUGGAUAUUGGCUUUACCCCAAAUCAAAGGCUGAACUCUGAGCUUUAAAUGAGCCACCUGCUUCCCAAAAUAACCACUACAGUCUUAAAUCAACCAGAGCUACUGGUGCUUUUUAGCCGCUCUUGAAAACUUUCACAGAUAAGGUUGCAUGUUACCCGAGUUUACAGUACAAGCUCUGGUGUUGACAUGGAAAAUAGUGUCAUGAGCAGCAUGUUGGCUGGUUUUGAAGAGUUCAUACUCUAAAUGAGGCGCCUAAAUUAGGACGCACUGUGGUUGUAUUUUCGUACCCGGUGUCCAGGUUGAGCAGAUAAGGGUGUAUUGUUGUGCUACAGGCCACUUUGACCUGACAUGGAUGAGACGCGUUGACAGUUGAUGCGACUGACCUUAGGACAAUUUGGCAUCGUCUCUCGUGUCCAACUUUGCAGAACUGUUGAAAACUUUAGAAAAACAGUCCAUGUGGUGAAACACUUCGAACACUCGUCUGAGAGCAGUUUUGUGCAAUACAGCGUUGACUGACGUUCAAAAUGUGCAAAAAAAGUAGAUGCCAUCAGCAACUAAUACCUGCCAUUGACCUCAAUCUUUUAGUUUUGUAAUAAAUGAUAUAUACUUCUUUAUUGAAGGACCGUUUUUGAUCCAUUCAUACAUGGUACUGUUGCUCUUGAGCUUCAAGUCCCAGUCCCAGUAUAUUAGGGCUGCAACCAUUCCUGAUUAGAACUCCACUCAUGUAUAAAGUUUUAAGGCCUCCAUUUUUAAAAAGUUGAAUUUUGGAUUUGAUUGGAAGUAUUUUUGCACCGUUAAAACAACCAAACAAACUCCCCCCUUGUCUCUGCACUUGUGCUACCGUGUAGUUGUUCAGGGACAACAAGUUUUAAAGAGAGGGAAUCUGUUUCUGGCCAAAACUGCGUGAACCUUCACCCUCGGGCUGCUCUUUCUGCUCCAAGUUUUUGGCAGGUUUUGGUCACAAAAACUUGGAGCAGAAAGCUGCCGGUGGUUAAGGUGAUAUGACAUGUCAUGGGCAGAAAAUCCUCUGAAAUAUUUCCCCCCUGCAAACAAACUUAGUGGCUCUUGUAUGGGGUCCAUUAUAUUCGUGUAGCUUCGAUAAUUUGAUUUUUAGUGGAAACUGAAAAGCAUACAAAGAGUGUUUUAAUUUAUAUUUGGACCAUUUAGACUUUGUAGACCCCCAGAGAAUCUGUCUAAGGUUAAUAAAGGCCAAGAAAUACAAACAACGGACAUAAAUUUAGCCCUUGGUCCACCUUCAGAGUCUCCUCAGUCCGAGCGUGUUCCUUGAAGCUCCCAUAAUCACUGAUAGGUAUGGUUUUGUCUGCACGUGCAGCAGCAGCAGGGUUUCAUUUUGCCCUCUGACUUUAAUUCACAAAGAAAAGAAAACAUCCCACUAUCUUCGGUUACUUGUGCUUUCUCGAAUGUGUCCUUGGGAAGGUAGAACAACCACAAUGACGAUCCCCGCGAGCUCCCACCUAAUUCACACCAGCCGGCCCGAUACUGUGAUAACCAAACCAAACACAACAGGUUGGGAGUUUCAUGUAGUCUAGACUAAAUGAAUUAAAAAUCUUGUUUUAUCUUUUCAAAACAAAAACUGGAACAAAAGCUCAAAAGAGAAGAAAAAAUCUGUGUUUUCAUGAGAUGUCUUAUGAGUGAAAUGGAUUUGAAUAAAUGUGUCCCUCCAAUCCAACAAUAAGGUUUAUAAAAAAUGAUCCCGUGAAUUUAAGUUUCUCUUUUCAAGUCCUUCUAAAUUGUGGAUUGCUUUAAGAUAAUUCUUAGAUUACAUCCCAGUAUUUCUCCUCUGCAGGACUUGUCCGCUUCAGAAUAUGCAUUAAAGAAACCAGCAGUCGUCAUAUUCCUCAGCACUGUCAACAAACACAGUAGAUUCCCUUCCCCCUGACAUGGCCUCCUCUCCCGGGCUGGACACUGACCCCACACCUCUGCUUCAGCUCCAGGAGGUGGACUCCAGCAAAGCCUCCGAGAGGCCCAGCUCUCCGGGACUCAUGCCCGCCGUGUACAGCCCUCCUCGGAGCAUGGACAGCCACACCGUCUACAUCCCCUCUCCAUACACGGACAAUAGCCAUGAGUAUAACCACAGUCAUGGACCUCUGACCUUCUACAGCCCCUCUGUGUUGAGCUAUGCCAGGCCACCCACCACGGACAGCCCAUCAUCCCUGUGUGCCCCUCUUAGUCCUUCAGCCUUCUGGCCCCCCCACAGUCACCCCAACAUGCCCUCAUUGUCCCUGCGCUGCCCACAGCCUCUUGUCUACAACGAACCGAGCCUACAUGCACCUUGGCUGGAGCCUAAAUCCCACAGCAUCAACGGGAGCAGGUAGGUUUUCAGACACUGACCCAUGGAUGUGGAAGUCCAAAACCUGAGGCAGGCAGAGCACGUUACCCCUCUACCCCUGAAAAGUUGAGGCAGGGAGAGCAGCAGCAAAAACCUCCAGGGUCGAGACAAGACGAUAAAAUCAGUUACAGCACAAAAAAGAAGAGCUGAGGUGAAGGAAGCAGGAGUGGACAGGCUUGAACAGGUCAAAUAGAGCACUUAGGUACUAAAAUAUAGUUUUUUACGGGGCGGCCCGUAAAACCAGGUUAGGCACUGUCAGUUGAGCUCGACAUCAUGGCCUGAAAACACUAAGACUCAGCUCAAUCAAACACAGAUUUUAACAGUUUUAUUAGCUCACUGUAAACUCUAAAUAUCAAUCCUGUUGCACUGCCAAAGCCCAUAUUGUGCUGCUUUCUGCCUGCUUUCUUCAAUUUGGUGGAUGUCUCUUUCGCUUGGCACCUCAUGUUUCAAAAUUCUUGGAUAAUUUCUGCUUGGUGUCCCACCUUUUUGGCUCUUCUUUUUCUCUCCUGUUGUCAACCAAGUUUUUGGCCGUACUGUCCACUCAUAACCACACCCAAAAGUGACGUUAGAUAGUUUAAAGUUUGAGUUUGUUUACUCUGAACUCUUGAGUUCUCUGGUUCCAGCUCUUCCUUUCAUAUAGUUUUUGUCUGUGGUAUCAGUUAAGUUUUCAUGAUGGCACUAGCCUUUGAUGCAGGAGAUUUACGCCCAUUAUGUCUCAAUGAUAAGUUUUCAGAUGCUAUUUUCUCAGUUGACAGAAAUGUGCCUAUGGAGACAUUUUCAGAGUGACAACUGCUGAAUGAUGGGCGAAAAAUUCCAAAUGUCAAGUUGCCCCUCUUUCACAGAGUUUUUGGUUUCUCCUGCAGCUCCAUCAUCAGCUGUAACAAGCCGCCUGGGAAGAGAUCGGAGGAAAGAGUGAACGGUGUGAACCCCUCCUUGUGUUCAUCAGCUGUAGGGAAAGCCGACAUGCACUUCUGCGCCGUGUGUCACGACUACGCCUCGGGGUACCACUAUGGCGUGUGGUCCUGCGAGGGCUGCAAAGCAUUCUUUAAGAGGAGCAUCCAAGGUACGACUCAGUACUUUUGUUUGUGUACACUCAACUUUUCCUCUUUCUCUAAGAAAUAACUCUGCUAACUUUCAUCUUCAGGACACAAUGACUACAUCUGCCCAGCAACCAAUCAAUGCACUAUCGACAAGAACCGGCGUAAGAGCUGCCAGGCCUGCCGUCUACGUAAAUGCUACGAAGUAGGCAUGAUGAAAUGCGGUGAGUGCUUUCUUUAGUUAAAUAGGAUGUUUCUGCUCUCAUUUAUACUGGAAAACUAAAUGGAAGUCUGGUUUUCCCUUCUCUAUCAAGUGUGUAUGCUAAGCUAACUGCUAACCACCUGCCUGCUAUAUGUUUGUAAUCAGAGGACAGGUAGUACAUGUGAGGUGUCAAUCUUCUCGCCAAACUCUGGGCAAGAAGGUAAAAAGGUUCAUUCCCAAAAAUGUUGAACUAUUUCUUAAGGAGGUGAAAGAAGCCCGAUUUCAGGACUUCAGUUAGCUAAAGUAAAUCUCUGUAAACACAGCAAAGAUUCAGAAAGGGUCUCAACAGUUUUUGCUUCUUGAUUUCUAUCUUUAUGUUUGGGUUCAUCUGGUAAUAAAACAGAUAAGCAAACAACACAAAAACUAAUAAAUGGGUGUAGGCUUAAAUAUAUAUUCAUAUCCAUUUGCAAACAUUUACAAACAGGUUUUCGUCGUUGAUUUUUGUUGCUGUUUCAUGAUCGUUGCACUUUGCCUUCUCCACCAGGUGUAAGGCGUGAGCGCUGCAGCUAUCGAGGAGCCCGACUCCGACGCGGUGGACUCCAAUCCCGGGAUUCCACCGGCAGGGGUUUGGUCAGGAUGGGGCUCGGUCCUCGAGGCCAACGGCAUCUUCACCUGGAGGGUCCCCUCGGCCCGGCGACCCCCCUCCCUCGGGUGAACCACUCACACCACGCAGACAUGAGCCCGGAGGAGUUCAUCUCACGCAUCAUGGAAGCAGAGCCGCCGGAGAUCUACCUCAUGGAGGAUCUGAAGAAGCCCUUCACCGAGGCCAGCAUGAUGAUGUCCCUCACCAACCUGGCAGACAAGGAGCUGGUCCUCAUGAUCAGCUGGGCUAAAAAGAUCCCUGGUAAGAUGAAAGUUGGUAAACGUUUAUGGCGCAUAUUACCACAAAAAAAAAUUUCAGUGCUCUGCAUUAAAGGGAUAUUAUGGCGUAAAAUUAAUUUUGGGUCAAACACACCGUAACACCGAGUUAGACACCCCCUCAAGAGAUGAAUGCUGUCGACCGCUUGCUUUUCUAGUUAUACUAACUUUAGUAAUGACCACACGAUAGCAAUAUACAGCGUUCUGAGGAGUCAUAAACAAACCUCAACCAAAACGCCACUCUAUAGCCACAAAUAAUGCUCAGAACAGCACCUAACUUCAUCAACAGUACAUAUAGGGUCCCAGCCAUAGUACUAGCCACCAAACAUCUUUUUAACUUUGCCUAAUUUCUUUAGCAAAGAGACUAAACACAACUCACCUACUCUCUUCCAGCAGCCGUUUGUUUGUAGCAAGACCUCGGGCCAGUCCAUUAUGGACUACAGCGGGGGUGACGCAGCUCAAGGAAGAACAUUUAUGAGUGGCGUUUUGGUUGAGGUUUGUUUAUGGCUCCUCAGACCGCUGUGUAUUGCUAUCGUGAGGUUGUUACUGAAAUUGGUAUAACUAGAGAAACAAGCGAUCAGCAACAUUCAUCUCUCGAGGGGGUGUCUAACUCGGUGUUAUGGUGUGUUUUACCCUAAAUUAAUUUUACGUUGGAAUAUCCCUUUAACUCGACUGUUAGGGCAGGAGCUCCUUCUAUAAAGUCAUUUCUGUCAGUGAUGAACCCGUUUGCCUCUGUAGGUCAUUUGUUGAAAGUUUAAGGCUGUUUUUAUUACUAGUGAAAAAUUCCUUACCGUAGCUUUAAAACUAAUUAAUCAUAAAAAGAAUAGAUGUUACAGUUUCUUAUGGACAGUUUUAUGGUGACUAUCUGAAAAGUGAACCUUUCCUAACUUGAUUAAGGAUUGUCUCUUCUUUGCUGCCAUACUCAGUGAAAGGAGAUAUCAGUAAACAGGAUCAGGACAACUUUGCAACCAAACAUGCUGCUUAUUUUGCUCGGUUAUGUUAAUUAAGGUUCAUAUGACCAUGUGUUUACAGCACUUAAGUGAUCAUCUUGAUUAAGUUUCAUCACAGACUGAUUGAAAAAGUCACAAGAACUCAAGUUUUCCCACUUUUUACCAGCUAUUAAAAAGUCAUCAUCAGAGGAAACAUUAGAGUCAUGAGUUUAGUGAAAAUGAGUGGAGGUCAGUGGAGCAGGUUUGGCUUAGUCAUCAUCAACAGUGUGUGGAAAACAGUCUUUAUAAAUAACCGGUCUGAGGGUUAUAAAGGUAAAAACAAACCAGAGGCCACAGUAAACAUGUGAUUCAUCUGAAUAAUGAUUGUGUUGGGCUUGAUGUUAAAAAACAGAAGAGUUUGGACUACAGACGGCGCUGAUAGAUGAAUGAAUGAAUGAAUGAUACUCAGUGGUUUAGGUCUGCAUGUAAAGGCUGCACUGAUCCUGUCUCCCUGUCCUCACUCUUUUCUUAUUCCCCUCUCCUCUCCUCUUAUCUCCUCUCCUUCUCUCAGCCAGUGUUAAGCUCAGCAGGUAACUCCCCAGGAGAGGUGUAAAUGUGAGGGGAUCACAAAGACUCCCACUUUUUUUUUUUUUUCCCCGAAUAAAGACCAUUUUUACAGACUUUCUCUCUACGCUCUGACAGAAGUGAAAAUUAGUGCGCAUUCACCGCUUUAGAAAAGAUGUAAGACAGCACAGGCAGGUGAGCGAGGCGCUGACAAGUAAAACACAAAGUUGCUGUUCAAUUUGUGUCAUUGUUAACUUCUCUAGUAGCACAUUUUCAGGAUUUUCUGCAUCUGUCCAUCCGCUCGCUUUUAGACCCGUGUUUACUGGCUGGAGUUUCUGCUGAAACCAAGUGACGUUUCUUCUUUGUCUGUGGUGUCCCCAGUAGGUCAGGUAGAUGUUUAGCCUUGUAUUUGGCUGAAAGAGUAAAUAGUCCUUUGUAUUCAUGAUAAUAAAUGUUCUUUACAGAUUCACAUUUUUUAUUUUACAACAGUUACAAACUAAAAACCUCUUGAAAAGACGAGACCUUUGAGGUGCUGAGUGAGACCACAGAGCUCAGCUGUAGCUGUUGUGUGUUUGACUUUAAGCUCCUGUCAGGGAUUUUCAGCAUGUGUCAGAAAUGAGGGUACACAAGCUGCAAAUCGUUUCCCUGUUUGUUCUGUUCAGUGUUUCCCCUAGAAUUUUACCGCCAUUCUCUUGCCACUCACGCUGUAACAUUACAUUACGUUACCUGCUCUACUCGCUAAAGACCGUGUUUAAGCUUGAACGUUACCUUUCACAUUAAUGGAAGAGGGUCCGACAGGAUUUGAUGCCCUUGUUAAAAACUCAAAACAAGUCGAAAAUAACGCCGUGUGUUGUUUUGCUCACACAAUGCGAAUAGAACUCAUUAGUGGCGCAUUGAUAUUAAUGCUAUUCGCUAUAUAUGGUGCGUUCGAGUUACCUCGGAAGUCAGAUGUUGGAGCUGAAAAUGACGUCACACCCGAGUUACCAGCGUUUCAGUUGCCGAGUCAGAAAUAAAGCCAAAUCGGCGGCCAGAAACAAGAUGGCUACAUCUAAGAAAGUUAUUUUAGCGCUUGCCUCAUAUUCGGAUUGUUUGUAUUGAGACCUCAGUGCCAGUCCAUUACGGACUACAGGGGGGUGACGCAGCUCAAGGAAGAACAUUUAUGGUGUUUAUGAGUGGCAUUUUGGUUGAGGUUUGUUUAUGGCUAUCGUAUUGCUAUCGUGCGGUCGUUACUAAAAUUGGUAUAACUAGAGAAGCAAGCGGUCGACAACAUUCAUCUCUCGACGGGGGUGUCUAAUUCAGUGUUACGGUGUGUUUGACCCUAAAUUAAUUUUACACCGGAAUAUCCCUUUAUAUAUCUUGCUUGCCUCAUAUUUGGACAAGGCGAGCACUAAAUUAACUUUCGUAGAUGUAGCGGUGCGCCGCUGCUGAAUGAAUGUAGGGGAAACACUGCUGUUUGCUUUUGGAUGUUAUAAAAAAGGAUUAGUAUAAAUUUUGGUUUAUUUUAUAAUUGUAAAAAAAAACUUCCUCUAGGAGCUUUAACUGCUCUCUCCAGCCCACACAAGAAAGAUGUUGUCUGAAGCUAAUUUAACUGAUUUAAGACUUGCAGUUCAUCUUUUUUGCUAAGCUAGGCUCAAGUUUUGGAUCAAGCAACUUUAAAGAUGAACUGUUAUGAAAAUAAUCCCCCUAAUCCAUGUAGAUUACAAACGUCAGAAGCAUUUUAUGACUCUCUUUAAAUGGCGCCUGUCAUUCUGUUCGUCUUCAGGUUUUGUCGAGCUGAGUCUGGCAGAUCAGAUCCACCUCCUGAAGUGCUGCUGGUUGGAAAUCCUGAUGCUGGGCCUGAUGUGGAGGUCUGUAGAUCAUCCUGGAAAAUUAAUCUUCUCCCCGGACUUCAAACUCAACAGGUGAGUCGGAUUUGGCAUCUUUCAUACCCUCUGUCGUCAGCGGUGCACUUCAGGGUUUAGGCAUCAGUGGAGGGAGUUUUUGUGAGACAGACUCUUGGACUCCUUCAUGCUAGGACUUGAAAUGAGCUUCUGUCUGUAGUAACAGUGGGGGCCUGGAAAUAGCCGUCGCCUCUGCGUGGAGGUUUUAUGGCUCGUGAUGAAGUGCUCGGUCUCGUGUGCAGCUGCUCCAUGUUUGCCAUAACAGUGUUGGUGGUUACGGUGUUAUCUUCCCACAUUGUUACACUCUGCUGACGGGCUGACAUCACACAAUAAACGGAGAGUUCAAUCAGACCUUGGAGCAGUAAAGAUAUCAGAAACAUUUGCUGCAGAUUUAUCUCCGAUUCUCCCGGGCUGCCGGGUCGUUUUCUUGCCAAAAAUCUUUUAUCACUCGCUGUUCCCUCCAGGCUGACCUUCAACUUUGGCCAGACAGCGGCUGGCUCUUUCUGGCACCUCACUUCAGCCUUUGUAUUCACGGUAAACACGCUGUAAUUAGGCUACCACUUACCAGCCUGUGAGCGCUUCACCUCCAAUUUAUCAGAUAUUUAAAGCAGCAUGUUUCCUUUUUAGAGACCAGAGUGCAUGAAGUUAAGCUUUAUGUUUUUGUAGCUGUUGGCUGAAUGUGCAGAGAGGCUUUCAGCAGCAUAUCAAACAAACACAGAUGACAUUCAGUCAGGUGUCUCUUUUUUUUCAGGCUUUUAGUGCUUUUUAAUUCAGUUAUCAAAUCCAAGUCAUGCUUGAAUUAUUCACUAACAGACAUUUUGAUUUAAAUGAAAUUUGCAGCUGAUGUUCAUGGGACUCAGAGGAUUACAAACAUUAUAAUGAACCUCCAUGAAGCUGAAAUUUCCACUUGAGCUCCAACUACAUAAAAGAUGUUGUGUUUAACUUUAUUUAAAAUCGUAUUUCUAAAGAUAUAAUUGUCUUUUUGGAAAAGUUGAACAUUAAUUUUGUGUUAAAAAUAAGAAUACUGAAAUGUUGUGAGUUCCUCGCUGUAAAACAGAUCUGAGAUGAUGAAGAAGAGGAAGCAGCUGACAGCGAUGAGAGAUGAUUGAACACUUUUAAAAACUGACAUUCAAAGAUUUACUGUGAAUCUUACAACAACAUUAGAGCUUGUGUCUCAACUUACUAUAAGCAGGAAGUAGCUCUUACUUCAAAAUAAAAGCAUAGUUUUAUUAUACAGGAAAUAAAAUAACCCAAACAGAAGCACGACAGUUACAUUUUAUGAGGUAAACAAGUUUCAGUCACAGGGAUGAAGAUGAGGAUAAAUCAAUUAAUCUUUAUUUGUAUUCCACUUUUCAUACAAGACAAUAUAACACAAAGUGCUUUACUCAGAAGAAGAAUAAAAGAAAGAAAGAAUACCCAUCUCUUCAUCACUUCAUCACUACAUUCAAGCACAAUGGAAGUGAGUUUUAAAAGACAUUAACUUGAAAGAAACGUUGUCUUAAAAUUCAAGAUGAGGAAACACUGAAGGUUAGGUUAAAAUCUAAAGAUAAAGUAACAUACAAUUAAAUUUAAGAAAUACAAAAAAGUCAAAAGAUGGACUAAAAUAGGAGUACCAAAAUAGCAGACGAUCCUGACAUCAAAACUAGAGAGAUUAAUGCUGAAAUACUUGAACAAAAUGAAGUUAAUGAUAUAAAAUUAAGUUAAAAGAGACUCAAAAGGGAUGUCUUGAGUUUGCUUUUAAAAUCAUUAAGAUUGGGUGCAGCCCUCAGUUCUUUAGGGAAGCUGUUUGAUGGCUGAGGCCGCAGUAAUAAAAGGAUUAAUUAUUAAUUUGAACAUUAGUAAAAGUGGAUUAUGAUGUUAAAUUGUUUUUGUUUAAUAGUAAAGUCUAGAAAAGUUUUGUGCUGCUUAUCUGGUGAAGAAAGACGCUGUAGAAAACUGUUCAAACUUUGACUCCUUUUAAGGAUCCAUUAUAUCUGUUUAUAGGAAUAUGUUUUAACAUUUAAACUCUGAACACUUCCUGGUAUUCACUUCUGUCUAAUAAUGAGGAGAUCAAAGAUUUUAAUCCCGCUUCUAACAACGACAAGAAACUUAAAAGACCGAUGUUGAUGAAAAUGAAAGAUCAUCAUUUAUCAGCCGCUGCAGCAGAGGAGCUCAUUGGUGUAUUUUUAGUAUUUUGUGCAGCGACAGAGCUCUUUAACACAGAGGAUAAAACAUCAGGCUUUAGAUAAACAAGGUAUUUGUUACAGAAUACAUUCACAUCUUAAAUUAAAAGCAGGAUCAGCUUUUUUUCCUCUUCCUGGCGCGUUGAGUUUAAUGUUUGACCUUUCUUCCUCCACUACCAGGGAAACUAUCACUAUAGGCUUAGCUCAACCUUGAUGUGUUUACAUAACACUGUCUUAUUUUUCUCUGCUGAGUGGUCCCUGUGAGUCUGUGCUAGCUUUUUCUCCUUGAAAAGCUCCGGAAAACAUCCUGGAUGCAAAUCCAUCAAUUCACUCCACUGGAGGACGCACCGAAACCAGAGCGUAGAGUCAUAAUCUGAUGUUGUUUCUGAAGUUUAGGUCGAUCGAAGAAUAAAAAAAAAAAAUCCUGUUUCAAGUUCAAGAAGCUGUUGCUAAGAAACGAUGAGUUUGAGGUUCACAGUUUUAGUCUAAGAGUUUAAUAUUUUUGUUCUCAGUGUUAUUUUGAGAACAGAUCAGAGGAGUUUGAUAAGGAUGUUUUCGUUCCCACUUUCUGAGUCAGCAGAUAAAUGAGUUUCACAGUUGAUCCAGAGUUUAUUUUCAUCUUUGAUACUCUGUCCGCUGAAGUAAAGUCCUAAUCCAAAAACACGAGUUCACACCGUCACUAAGUCUUCUCUUCACCCUGAGUGUCACUCACUCAACUUUUUAUUACUCAGACUUAAACUUUGUCAUCUGACUACAAACUUCUGCUUCUGAUUGUUUGAGGCGUGGACGCUCCACUUUCAUAUUAGAAACAGCUGCAGCUGAUCGAGUAGGAAGAAGGAUGAGAAGACCUUUGAACAGCUUGGCAGACCUCCUUUUACGAGGAUGUGGUCACGUUCUGAGGACCGUGUUUACAUUCUCAUUAGAUCCUGAUUCAGUCUGAUUUAUUACCAGACUGGGAGUCACGCCUCUCCUCCUAAAACCCAGUAAAGAGAGCAGAAAAGAGCUGCCAAUCAAUCAUCUUUUUAACACUAAAUCUUUAUAUAUCUGUACUAUGCUCCUGUAAUUUUUUCUUCUCACUUAAUUUCUCUCUUUUUUGCCUUUUACGUUUCUACGCUCUCUGACUCUCUUCUUCUUCUCUUUCUCUCCGUUCCUUCAGGGAGGAGGGACAGUGCGUGGAGGGCAUCAUGGAGAUCUUCGACAUGCUGCUGGCCGCCACCUCUCGCUUUCGUGAGCUGAAGCUCCAGAGGGAGGAGUACGUCUGUCUGAAGGCCAUGAUCCUUCUCAACUCCAGUGAGUUUCUCUCCAUCCCAGUCGAGUCGAGUCGAGUCGAGUGUGUGUGUUUUUGAACUCUUACAUAACCCGGAGAAAUCUGUCCCCUUUCGCUCUGUUUUUACUGAAAUCUGGAACAAAGUGGGUCAUUGACGUCCGUCACAUAUUUGACCUGCACAGUAAAGCAAAUCUGACCAGAGCAAACAUCAGGAUGUGUUUAAAGAAGGAGGUUAGAGAGACUUUACAGCAGAGAAAAUGGGAUCCAAGUAGAAUUAUUGGGAUUAUAUGGGAAUUAACUUGAAAUUGGGGGAUAUUUAAACAAACUGUAUCAUAUCCAAACAUAAAUGUAAAUAUUUUUCUUUUGUCAUAAGCAGACAUCCAUGCAAAAUAAUACAAUUAAAAAACAUUUAAACACAAUUAUUCGAGUGGCGAUGGCGAGAGGGAACGUGGCAUUUUUCUGAGGAAUGAAAUAACAAAAAAACACUAAUGCAAUGGCAAAAACAAAAAUAUAGUUGGCUAAAUAACUUGAAUGAUCUUCAAAAUAUUUGACAAUUGUUGUAUAAAUUAUUGUUUGGUCACAGAAAACCGUCUUGCAGGAGUCAGAAGAAACAGCAUCACAUUCGAGGUAGCUACCACCAUAACAAGCGAGCCAAUGAAAUGAAAGAUAGUUUACAUUAAGCACCUAUUUGUAUUAAAUUUUUGCAAGUGAAAUAUUAAUACGAUUUUAGAUCAAAUAUAUUUACCCCAUAAUAAUAUUAUCAGUACUUACUGUGGGAAUUUCCCAGUUUGGUAUCUAUCUAUCUAUCUAUCUAUCUAUCUAUCUAUCUAUCUAUCUAUCUAUCUAUCUAUCUAUCUAUCUAUCUAUCUAUCUAUCUAUCUAUCUAUCUAUCUAUCUAUCUAUCUAUCUAUCUAUCUAUCUAUCUAUCUAUCUAUCUAUCUAUCUAUCUAUCUAUCUAUCUAUCUAUCUAUCUAUCUAUCUAUCUAUCUAUCUAUCUAUCUAUCUAUCUAUCUAUCUAUCUAUCUAUCUAUCUAUCUAUCUAUCUAUCUCUGACUUUAUAUAGUCUGUGGGCUCAAAAGUGUGCCAUCCAGGGUUCAAGAAAUCAUCUGUGCUUGUAAUGGAAGAAUGUACAGUGCAUGUAGGGGGUGUGGCCUCAACAUCCCUGCAGUUAGCAGUGUACUGUAUUCAUGUGAAUGAGGAGUGUGCUUGCAUUAAUUAUACUACAAUAUAUUUUCCCCAAUAUAUUGCAACCCUACAUCCAAGUAAUGUCACGAAUAUUUGCUGGUAUCAGAUUGAUUUGUGCAGUUUGUAGGAAAAGACAAUGUUUAUUAUGAAUAACUCGCUCAGAUCCAACUUGAGUUUUAUGUCAGUGAAGUUUGUUGAGACUUUUGAAAAGUUUCUGUAAAAGUUUUGUGUUUUCAGUUUUAAGAACUUUGUUUAUAGUAGCUGCACACGCAGACCUGAGGAAGUUGUUGUAACUUUCCUCUUUUACAUAAUUCAUUUUCUGUGGAGUGCGUUCGUCACAUAAAUCUGUUUCGGAGUACAUGAGACAAAAACUGGGGCGUCUGGCAGCCUCCACACACGCUCCACUCUCUGCGCUCGCUUUCAAGUUUUCUUGUAUUUCAUUGAUUUAAAGUCGAGUCGGAGUCAUGCAUUGAGAAUCUCACAAUAAAAGGCUUUUUACGACCAUAUCGGUGACCUUUUAAAGUACUGUACUCCAGGUUACACUUGGCUAGUCUCUGGAUGUGAUUCCAUUAAAAGUCGUCCUCCCACUCGGUUGGAUUGGCUAAACUUUCGGCUUGUUUGAAGAAGAUUCCGGAUGAAAUGACCUGUGGAGAUGGUCUAUAUUGUUUUUAGUCUUUCAUGUGAUCCGGCCGGUCACAGUGUCCUCUCCCAGUCCCCCCCAUCACCACCAGCAGCCACUGUGCAAGUUUCAUCGAGGUGAUCGACCUUUCUGCGUGUCCUCGCACAGUUUAACUAAGUUCCUCCUCCUCUCCUACACACACACACACACACAGAGGAUCUGCUGCCAGACUCUGCUCUCUCUCUGUUGACUCUGCUCCUCUGCAGCUGGGGCGAAAAAAGAACAAAUUGUGAAAGAAGUGAUUUGGAGUCUGAAAAGUCACAAAGAACAGGGAGGAAUUUGAGGAUUUAUGGGCUGAGUGAAAGAACACCAGGGCUUAGUGUGUCCUCCUGACUCAAGGCUGGGUGGACAGUUUGAUGUAUACUCUCUCUCUGCUGCCCCCUGAGGUAACACCUGGAACACCCAUCAUGAUGUUGUCAGAGCUGUUUGAGCCUGAAGAACUUAAGACUUCUUAGUGUUCGGCAAAAUCAGCAAUGUGCAGUUUUUGUGCAGCUGUGUAGCUCUGCCUAGUGUUCAAUGGUAUGGGCAAAAUCUUAAUAUCAAGACAACAGUAUAUAUAACAGUAUGUUUUUCACUCUGUAAAUUUCAAUUAAUGGCUCAGACCAGUCUGGCGAUUUUUUUCAUCAUAUGGCAGAUUUUUGGCGAAAGUUUCUGCCACCGAGCACCGGCCGCACCAUCUUUAGGCUGUCAUCGUGGAGCUUGGCGUGUUUCAUCUUCAGGUGGUGGAAGCGGUUUCUGGUGUUUCCUCCUCCAGCAACGACAGCCACACGACACUCUGCAUAGUUUUUUGAUCAUCGUUGGAUUUUCUAAAUCCAGAGAAUCUCCAGACAAUCGAUGUCGUGACUUGCACCCUUUUUCGAAACGAGUUCCUCCUCCUCUUCUCCAUGUUGGGUGGGUUGGGCUGCCUCCGUUUUCCUUGGGUUGGGUAUCGUUUGAUUUUGAACGAUUCUGGUUCUCUAUUCCGAUACUCUUAAAAAGGCAGGAUAUUAAAAAAAAUGGAUGGUUUAAAAGAGGGUGCUAACCAGAGUUCUUCUUUUUGGAUGAAAUUUCGGAACUUCUGAACCUCGUCGGUGUUCGGCAGCUUCUUCUUCAUUGGUGCUUAGCGGCGUCUUCCUCAUUGGUGUUCGGCUGCUUUUUCUUCCGGUCGGCCGGACUCCGGCAUCGAAACUUGGAAAUUGAACGGUUCCGGUAAAAUCGGAAUGUCAGUCCUGGUCCCCAUAGAUGCUCGAGACUCGAUGCCCAACCCUAGUACUGCCACUAAUGUCGGCGUCCACCAUGACCACCACUAGUGAAGCUGUUUCUCCUUCGUCGAAACUAUGCCAAGCAGUCUGCUGGAAACGCUGGUGAUUAAAGGGAACGCACCCAAACCUGAGCGAACAAACUCUGCACGACAUGACAUGACUCAGAGAAUUGCAGCAGACAUCUGCUCUCUCUCUCUCCCCGGUAUAAACGGUAAAGCAAAAUUUCUUACGGUAGACACUUUUAUACCAUCACACGGUAAACCGUCAUACCGCCCAACUCGUGGACAGUACAGUCUUCAAACAGGAGGUUUUGUUCAGUCCCUGAUGUGUCAAUUGUGUUCCAGAUCUGUGCACGAGUUCCCCUCAGACGGCAGAGGAGCUGGAGAGCAGGAACAAGCUGCUCCGUCUGCUGGACUCUGUGAUUGAUGCUCUGGUCUGGGCCAUUUCUAAACUGGGCUUGUCGACCCAGCAGCAGACUCUGCGCCUCGGACACCUCACCAUGCUGCUCUCCCACAUCCGCCACGUCAGGUACAGCCAGAGACCGGACCUCAGCAGAGUCCAGAGAGGAGGAUGGAAAAACCACACACAGUCAUAGAUAUUUACAAACUAGAUGUCUCUGUGUUUUAUGACUACGUGUGGACAGAUGUGAUUUAUUAUUUAUCUGUAAUAAACACUUUCCAUCUCUGUUCAGUAACAAAGGCAUGGACCAUCUCUCCACCAUGAAGAGGAAGAACGUGGUCCUGGUCUACGACCUCCUCCUGGAGAUGCUGGACGCCAACACUAACACUAACAGCAGCAGCAGCAGCAGUCAGUCGUCGUCCUCCCCGGGCUCGGACUCGUACCCUGAGCAGCAUCAGUACCCCCAACAUCCGUCCCACCUUCCGCUGGGCUCUGACCACAACAGUGUGCUGGCACAUGGGCCUGCUGAAGGCCAGAUCCUGGAGGAACAGAUGCAGAGUAUGCCCCUCCAAUCACCUCCUUCGUUUCAGGAUCAGAUGGUGACCCACAUGGACAGAGAUGAGUAAGUAACAGAUCUGGAGAAAACACUCGAACAUCAUGUUGAAACUGUAACUGGACUCUUCCACUACAGAGCCAUGAAUUUAAACAAGACGCUCACAUUUUGAAAAUCUUUUGACUUCAUAUCCUGAGUUCACGAAAAAUGGUUUUUUAGAAGUGAUUCUGAGCGAUCGGCGACUUCUACUACGGAGUCAUGUCUGUUUCUGAUAAAGUGCUGCCAGAGGAGGUGAAGAUCACGGCCAGUCAGGGUUGGUUUUGAGCCUUAUUGUACAGAAAUACCUCUUUAAAUUCUUUAUUCAGGAAGAUUAUUUUGAAACUUCAUGAUCUUGUAGUCUCUCACAAAGUGGUGAAUCUGCUUUCUCCUCAGAGACUCAGUUAUGUCACUCCGUACGUUUACAUGCACAGUUUAAUCGGACUAAGCUCAUAUUUCUUUUUUUUUUUUUUGCCGAGUAGGACUUCUCUGCUUGUCCGCGUAUACAUGCAGCUGAGAAAAUCAAAUUAUUAUUGUGAACGUGUCCUCCUCCCCAAAACUAGGGGGCGAUAUAGGUCUUUUCAGUGGCGCUGUUUCUGGACCUUUUUUAAAGAUGUCUCCGUUCCUCGUUUUGUGACCGUCCAAAUACUUUAAAAUGUCCAUUUCUGUCAGCAGGACGGAAAGCAUAACAGUGCUCUCUUCGUUGUUCCAAAGGUUGACAUUAUUUCGUGCUUCAGCCUUGUUGCAGUUUCUUCUGAGUGGAAAAUUUUUUAAAUGAUAGCGCCGCUUCUUCUCUGUUGUUUUUGUUCAGGGGUUAUGGAGGCGUGGCGCACGGGCACAUGCUGGUUACACAGUAGAGAAAAUCAAAUUCCAAUCGUAUUAUCUGGGUGUCUUAAUCUGAGUUCUCAAAUUCCAGUUAUAUUAUAAGGUGUUUACAUGCACUUCAGUAGUUGGGUCUUUAUCGGAGUAAAGCAAUAAUUCGGUGUUCUUGAGUGUCAUGUAAACGUACUGACGGACAUGGUGCAGAUGAACCCUGUUAGUUGGAAGAUGCACCUUGUGGUCUUUUUUUGUAACUUCAAAAACUUUUUCUCGACUUAUUCAAAAGUUGUUGCUGCCAUCAGAUUGAAGAUAAGUAAACACUAACAAACCAUCAAAACCUGUUUUUGUUGACAUUUUAUAGAGAAUCCCAACUUGUUUUGAAAAAGAAGGUAGAAAAGAUCUUUAAUGUACUUCUCUUUGUUUCCUGUCCUCGCAGUUACAUCCACCCACAGCACUGGUCCAUGGAUACAGAAGAUGCAGGUCCAUCAGUGGAGCCGACACGUUACAUCGUCCCCGAUCGGGGCGUCAUGGACUCUGCUCUGGAAGUGAGCGGAGGACUGUAAAGAAAAACUAAAAACUGAACCUUGAUGGUUUCGUUCCUCCUCCCCCAAAGAUCGAGAACAUGAAACGUUUAAAAAAAGAAAAAAAAUUAAAAAAGGAUGUAGAAGAAAACAAAAGUGCCGUUGUGAGGUAACGUUUUCUCUCUCUGGUCGAGAUGUUUUUAGUCUUUAAAAAAAAAAAAACAGUUUGGAUUGAAUGUAUAUUUUUGCGUGUUGAUAUUUCUUGUGAAUGUGCACUACAGUCGGUGUUCACGAGGACAUCGCUGAACCUCUGCCGUCAGUCCGAGCUCUCUCUUUUUGAUAAAUGGUAUUUGUAUCUUUAUUUUCUCCACCUCGGUGUGACUCUCAGAACAAGCCAUCUGCAGCGAUUUACUGAAAGGUGCAUGUUGGUUGACACCGUGAACAUUCCCACACAGAGGUUAAAAAAAAAGGGCGGUGUUUCCUGUCAUACUGUGGUGUGUAGUUCCCCCCCCUUCACUUCGACUCUGUGCUUCGGUGUUUUCUCGGUGCCUGUUCACUUUUUGGAGGAUUUUUCUACUUCUGUGUCAGUGGAACAAAAAAAAGCAGCAGUUUGUGGCCUUUUAACAAAAUGACUGUUAAUAAAAAAAAGGCUUUUUUUCUGUUCGUCUGGUUCUCUAAAGCUGGAUUUACACAGAGAAGUUGUUUCUUAGUUUACUCUUUCUACAGAGUGAAUAAACUGAUUACGGAUUAGCGACAAAAAUAUGUUUAAAUAAAACAUAUACAACAAUGUUUUUUUACAACCUGACUUCAGCUACGUUUACACUGCAGGUUAUGAUGCACAAUUCCGUUUUUUUUGUUAAAUCUGAUCUUUUUUUGCGGUCGUUCACAUUACAACAACGAAUGCGGCAUCUUAAUGUCCUUUCACACUGGGACCAUUUUUUUCGUGCGAUUAUUUCGGACGUCAAUAUAUUUUUUUUUAACCCUGUAUCCUGUCAAUACAGGCGUUCACAUCAGCGACGUUUUCCUGUCCUGCGAUAUUGCGGCAUUUAUUUUUUCGGAUCAUGGUCAAUUUUUCUAUACUGUGUGUCCACUUCUGACCAAUCGGAUUGUUGCGAUUUGAUUCACUGGUAUAUCCAACAUGGCUUUGUGUGCUUUAACAGUUUGCUAAACAUCUUUGUUUUAACUUUCAUCUAUGCUAACGUAUGCUAACGGUUAUUACCAUAGUUUCAUGUGCUUAUCUUAUCGCCUCUGAUUGGCUAUGAGUGCUGACCGUUUGGCUUAAGCAUGUGAUGAUGUUUCCAGCUUUCCUAGCCAAUCAGAGGCGAAGGAGGCGGGACUUUCCCCGGGAAAAGUCAUCCCCAGGAUGCGUCUUUUCUUCCCCGGAAAGUCGCAAAAUUGCAUCGGGCUUGAGGUGUAUAGUCAGGCCCGUCAAAAUUCACCUCCGAACAUUUCGUAAUUUCGCAUUCUAUAUUGGCUACGUUCACACUGCAGGUUAUGACGCACAAUUCCGAUUUUUUUGUUAAAUCCGAUCUUUUUGUGCAGUCGUUCACAUUACGACAACGAAUGCGGCAUCUAAUGUGAACAGAAUGCGUCCGUGAAGUGACCCGCAGGCGCAUAAAGCACAAAUUGCUUUCCACGCCUGUUUGUUUUGUAGAACAAUGGAGACGUUUGUCGCAUAUUGAUGACGUAUAGAUCGGAUGAACACGACAUAUCGGAUUUAUAUCCACAUACAAAAGAGGCCUGGGUCGGAUUAGAAAAAAUCAGAGUUGCACUGUUCACACUUACAUGAAAAAAUCAAAUAUGUGUCACAUAUGGUUAAAAAAAUCAGAAUUGACCUGCAGUGUGAACGUAGCCUUAGAUGAUGAUUAUUGGUGCUGUGAUUCCUGCACUCUUAAUAAUGACUCAUAAAGAAAACUCUCGAUAUGAGCAGCUUUGUUGACCUUGGCCUCACAGUCUGGUGUUUAAACCGUCGGCUCUCAGUCUUUUGACAAUUUAUCUCCUUACAUAUUUCCUAAUCUUCCUGCUUGGGUUUUUAAAUUCAGAGCUGAGUCAGAGGAACUUUUCCGACUGUAAAUCCAGCUUUAGCGCCGUCUGCUAACAGACACACGUUCCCUGUUCUGUCUUGAUAUCUGUGGCUUGUAUCUGCAUGCAAACACACACACACACACACAAACACACACACACCCUGAUCUGAUCCUGAAAACAUUUCUCUUGGCUGUUUGUACAAAAAACACACAUUUUGCUCUGUCUGCUCUCAUCGUAGUUUUUUGCCGGUCAAACUUGUCGUCCUCUUUCUAAAGUGAACAGUCGGUCGCAGAUCAUGGCAAACACGUUUUUAUUGUCGAUCAAAAAUGACAAUCUAUACAUCCCAUAAAUAAGAGUUCACAAAAUAAAUCAAACUUUACACACUUUUCUCUUUUUGUUUCUGUUCUUGAGUGCGAGGCUGAGAUUAUGUACAAACAUUUCUGACAGUGUAAAUGACGAACGAUGAAUGAUCUUUGAUUGUGCAUGUACACAGCUACAUUCAGAGCCCCAAAGAUCGCCUACAUUCAUGAUCUACUCCCAAGUCUGGCCUCGUCAGAUUCAGAAACUGUGUGACUGAAGAGUUUUAAAGCAGCGUUUGGGUGAAGGUACAAAAUAGCAAAAAAACGACAAACUUUGUGGGAUAACCUGGACUUCAUCAGGUAAGUCAAACACCAACUUUUCAUUCUUUAAGGGGAUAGUUCUAUAAAUAAUGUAGCUUAAACGCUGUGUAGUGUUGAAUCUCUUACACUCUUCGUAUUGCUGCAUUGAACAAAAUAAGCAGUAAUUUUCUUUUAAUACACUGAAUUAAAUCAAAUGUACAGCUGGUUGAACCAAACACACUGAUAAAUAACCUUUUAAACAAGCCCUGUGAUUGGUCCGCCGCGAAGCAUUGUAUUUGCUACAUUUACAUUCCCAGCGUCCGCUAUCUGCAGUGAUUCGGAGGUCGUAACUUCCUCUCAUAACAAAUGCCGUCUCAUGUUUGUCAGGCAUACAGACUGAUCACAGUCGUUUCUUUAGGAACACUGCUGCUGCGCAUUUGUUAACAACCAAGAUGGCUGCUCCCGCAAACAAACCACAUGUAAGAGUAUGUAGUGCUAACACGGGGUAGCUAGGGUGUAAUCACAGAGGUAUUUACUCAGGAGCUUCGCAGAAUCUUUAAGGACAGUUUUCAUAGGGUGACCAUAUUCUGACUUCCCAAAAAGAGGACACAACUAUGUGGGGGCGGAGUCACGGAGUUGCAUGAAGUUAAUUUUGAGAGUUUUUCGGGUUUGAUCGAGCGUCUUUUACCCGCUUCCAACUCGGUAAGUCCACGUGACACAAACUCAAGACUUCCGUACAAAAUCGCGGACAUUUGAAGGAUUUUAUGAACUUCCCCAGACAAAGCUGAACAAGCCCCUCAAAAAAGAGCACGUAUGGUCACCCUAGUUUUCCCGUUUGUCCAGCGAGUAAAUUGACAGCGAAGAAAAGAGUCGUAGGCUGUGUCCGAAAUAAAUCACUCAAUCCCUAACCCCGUAUGGGGUUUCAUGAUAUAGUUGACUAUGUAGUGAGCUCAAUCACGGAGGUUUCGGACACUACAUGGCGCACCGUUGUGACGCCAUUGCUCAGACUGCUGUGUCUGUUGUUUUCACAUCUCUUGAAUUUUAUGAUGUUGUAUAGAUGUAUUUGUUUUUCCAGGAUGUUCGUUAAAUAAAGAUAAAUAAAUAAAAAAAACAAUAAAUAAAUUAUUUAUUUAAAAGGUCUUAUAUUUUCGUGCCGAAUUUUGUUUGCUGCAUCAUAUUGUGCACUAGACUACAUGACGCAGCAAAACAAUUGUUUUUUUAGAGCUCGGGUUCUGUCUCUAUUUGCUCUCUUUGAGUUGCCGCUGGAGACACAAUGCAUGACAGGAUGCCCACCACCGGUGAGUGACCAUCAGUUGAUCGAAUCCGGACGAUCGAAUGAUCACUACAUUUUGCAAUUCUCUACGGGAAAUUUUGAGUCGCCUAUAUGGGCCAUUAGAAUUGAUCACUCAGAUUUCGGACACCCCUCAAAAUGGCGCUAACCCCCAUAUAGUCGCCUAUAUCGGGGUUAGGGAUCGAUUUCGGACACAGUCGUUGCUGCAAACCCAGAGGUGGACAACAUGAGAAUAUAGCUAACUAUUUUUUUACACCAAUGUGCGGUCUGCUCUUCAGUAAAUACAUGUUUAAAACAUGGGAUUACAUGUUGGCGCUCAAAAGUUUUGUUUCUCAGUGUGUUUGGACUCUUUUCGCCACCUAGUGGUCAGAAAAUCACCUAAUGCAGCUUCAUAAUCAGGACCUCUAAAACUUUUUCAAAGACUGGCCAUAAAGUUUACAUUCUCGUAGGAAAAUAUCAGAUUUUUUUAUUUCAUACUGGCUCUGAAAAAACGGGGAGUGUCAAAACUCACUGCAGCUCGCCAGCAUGAACACACGAUAUAAAAGCGGUACAAACUAUUGCCUCUGUCGUCUUGAAAGGUCUCAGUGCCACGCUCAAAAUCGUAAUAAUUUAACAUCUUUUUCUUUGAGGUUUGCCCUUAUAUACAAAAAUCCUUCAAACAUUAAAAGUACAUAAUCUGGUUAAAGUUACAGCAGAUCUAUCGGCUACAGAAAGGCAAGUCUUCGGAUGAGUCACUGCCGUCUUUUAAAAAAAAAAAAGUCUUUAAAUUUUAAAUAUUUCUAAAUCAAACAACAAACAUCUCUGUACAAAAUGUGCUCUCAACACGUGGCUGCCUUUGUGAAAAAUUGCUGCAUUGGUAGAAAAUGGCGAGUGUCGUCCUGACUACUGGAUGCUUUGGUAAAAUCUGUCCUCUGUUGUCCUCUUGCAGACUAAAGCGAAGGUUUUCUCAUUAUUAAAAGUGAACUUUCUGACGUUAGAUGGCAAAUCUGCACACAGAAACGACAAACUGGUGAUAUGGCUUCUUAAUUUAGACAUUUGGAAUUCCUCAAAUAAUAAAUACACUAAAUACGUCAAAAACAGGAGAGCUGAGGGCCUCCAGUUCUUCUUUUCUUCUGCAGAGAGGAGGACAGGUCCUCAAAUGUGUCGCUGAGGUGUUCAGUCCCCGAAACAAAGACACCGAGCUCUCCGCCGCGGCAGUUUUCAUGUGGGUGGAGGGCCGUUGGUGUACCGCAGCAUAGGGUAGAAGGAGCGGGCGAAGUUGUUGGACAGCGUACAGCUGUAGUCCUCCUCAGACAGAGGCACCAGGCAGGCCAGAACCAGCAGCACGAAGAAGAGGAGGUGCAGAGGGAAGGCAGCUCGGAGAACCCGGUAGAAGAGAGGCCGGUGUGGGGGUGAAUCCCUCCUCUCCUCCCUGGAUGGAGACGGAUUUAACAAAGGGUUAGAAAAAGGGACAGCGCACAAAAUCCCAAACAUGCAAAGGUACUGAAUGUCUUUAAUCCUCAUUUUUAUGUAAUUAUAAAACAGAACUGGAAGAUAAAACUACAUCAGUGACAGAUUACCUUUUAGAUGUUGUUUGUCCAGCUGUAGCAGCCUCCUGCAGUAACGAAAACAAGACAGUGAUGUUUUUAUUUUGUUUCACGAGUGUCAGAAAUCUUCCUGCACUUUUGUCAAUUUAAAUAAUCAAAACUUUGCAUUUCUUUUAUUUUCAAACCAUUAACCUCACUCUAACUAAAUCUAAUGACUCUCCUCUUGUUGGGAGAUGUACCUUUCUCAGCAGCAGAGGAGAGCUGAGAGUUCCCAGACCGAUGCUGUCCAUCUCUGAGCUGGUCGAACCGGUUUCCUGAGACAGAAAACAGAUAAAACUGAUCAAACUGGUUCAAAGUCAACAGGCUGAGGAGACGUACAGGUGGAUACUUUUAUAAAACUCUUAUAAAACUUCUUUUUUUUGACUAACAUCAUCUUAUUAGUCGACUCUAGAAACAGUUAAAAAGCUGUAACACGUCUCUUUUUUAUAAUUUCAGCAUAUUGAGGUAGAAUAAAAGCAGCCAGAUAAUGCAGACAGAGCCCUCAUGCUGCCCUCAUGGAGACAAACUGAACCUACCAGUCUGCCCUGCAGCGUGCGCAGGUCUGCAGACACCUGUCGCAGCAGGAGACACAGCUUGUUGCAGAUGACGUGGACCUUCUCUUUGGCCUCGAUGCUGUCCUCCUCGGUGGCCUCCAGGAGGAGCUGGGAGGAGAUCUCCUGCAGCGAGGAGACCUGCCGCUGCUGGCCACGAAGCUCCUCCUGCAGCGCCUGGCAGCAGGGGGCGACAGAGAGCAGGGGAGUCAGUAAACAGCAGAGAGAGAUUAGAAGGAGAACCAGGAGAACCAAAGUUUAUUUUCAUAAGUCUAUAUAGAAUAUUAUUAAUUUUUCUUUCCAAUAUAAUGCAACUAAUGACUAGAACUGCAUCUAUAUAUCAAAAUUUGUGUAUAAUUUGAGACCACUAAUAAUUUUAUAGGUAUUCAUGAUCAGCUUGUACUUGAAUUGUUUUGAUAGAAAGUUCUGGUUUCAGUCUGUAUUAAAUUUAGCAUCAUAUAAAAGUAUCAGAUAAAACCAAAAGUUAGUAUUAGCACUGAAGUAUUAAACUCUGUGACCGAUCAGCUCACCUUCAGGGAUUUUUGGUGCACCAGGAGAACGAGGUGUGACAUGGACGGGUCGUUCACGUUCACAGCACUUAGUUUGUUUUCAGCCUGAGCGAGCCACAAGAGGAGGGAGUGCAGCGUCUCGUGGAACUCCUGAGGUAGAAGGAAAAAUAAGAGGUCAGAGGUUGCAGGAGCUGCUUGUCCUUUUUGGGCCCAAUGCCAAUG